UCAGUCCUCUCAUGUGAACUUACGGUACCCACAAACCCUCAAGAACCCCACAAAAACCCCUCAAUCCCCGAAAAACCCGUCAAACAAUGCGUGAAAACCGCGUAAAAUCCCGAGGAAGUCCCCUCUAGCCGAUUCCCCCGGCCGCCCCAUAUCGUCCCAUCAUCGACUCUCCCACUAAAUCCUCACCAAAGUGCCGUGUCCCGGAGCGGGGCGAGGGGAUUUUUACGCGGAUUGUACGGCCGAGGGGGGCCAAAAGUGGGGAAAACUUUUAGAGCCCAAGAAUAGCCCAUCGAGCCCCAAAAGAAAAACGGUCUAGGAAAAAUAGACUAAAACAAAGUGCAAAACGUUGUAAAAGGGGGAGGGGUUGUGCCGACGGGCAGAAGAGCCGACGAGAGAAUCAGAGUGCCAUCGACUGCCCAGCGGUGCCCACUUUCCACGAAAAAAAAAAAGUGAUAAUCCCACCCAAGAGUUCGAUAAUUGCCCCUCAGUACCUGGAACAAAAGCCCAAUUAACUCAAAACCCCCGAAAAAGUGAGGACAAUUGUUAACGAUUUCAUUCGUUCGACAAUCGUGAAACUAUCCAAGUGAAUAUCGAGAGACUGGAGUUUACGGCGGAUGCCCCUCCCACUCAUUCUGAUGAACUAAAAAUUCACGGACCACUGGAAAACCUCAGAGUGAUCGAAGUCAUCAUCAUCACCUCGAGGCACUCGUCAGCGAGGGCAUCACCUGGUGGAAUUGCACUUUUACGAGGCUCAAGUUACAAUUUGGAAAUGUUUUCCCAGUGCAAUUCGUGAAAUUGUGAUCAGGCUUUGGAUAUUUCAAUUCAGUGAGUGAGUGAGUGAGUGAUAAAUUCGCUGGUGAUUAUUUUGGUGAAGGUAGAGGACAUGUCACUGGAGACACGUUCCAGCUCGGCCCUCUUCAAGCGGGCCGAACAGCUCAAACGUUGGGAAUUGUCGGAGACCAACAGUCAGCCGGCCCAACCGAAACAAAUAGCACGUAAGAUCAAGUUCUCGGCCGACUGUGUCUUCUUGGCUGCCUGUGCUGCUGGUGAUAAGGAGGAGGUGGUUAGGCUGCUCCAGAAGGGUGCUGACAUCAAUACUGGAAAUGUCGAUGGGCUCACGGCACUGCAUCAGGCGUGCAUCGACGAUGACUUGGAUAUGGUGGAGUUUUUGGUGGAGCAGGGUGCUGAUAUCAAUCGGGGGGAUAAUGAGGGAUGGACACCCUUACAUGCUACUGCCUCCUGUGGAUUCAUAUCUAUUGCAAAGUACUUAAUUGAACAAGGCUGCAACCUAGCAGCUGUGAAUAACGAUGGGGAGCUUGCAGUUGACAUCGCUGAGAGCAAUGAAAUGGAGGACCUGCUUCAGCAGCACAUCAACAAAGCAGGCAUCGAUUGCGAUCAGGCGAGGAGCGAGGAGGAGAGAUCGAUGUUGAGUGACGCGAGAGCCUGGCGAUCUGGAGCACCGGGUAAAGAUUCCACCCAUCCACGCUCCGGUGCUACUGCGCUACACGUUGCCGCUGCCAAGGGUUACAUAAAAGUUAUGAACAUACUUUUACAAGCUAGGUGUGAUGUCAAUGCACAGGAUUACGAUGGCUGGACACCACUGCAUGGUGCAGCACACUGGGGGCAAAUCGAGGCUUGCAAACUUCUUGUUGAGAAUUUUUGUGAUAUGGAUAUGAAGAAUUAUGCGGGUCAAACAGCAUUCGAUAUAGCAGACAAUGACAUUCUGAAGGCUCUAGAAGAGUUGCAGAAGAAGCAACAGACGAUGAUGAAGGAUCAUCCCCAGUUGAACAACAAGAAACAACCAAUGAUACCAAAGAAGAGAGUGUCUCCAACCAUUGAGAAUGCUGUCGUGUCCCAAGAGGGUAAUGAAACGUUCGAGGAGGAGACACCGAAUAAGGUGAUAAAAGUUGAACUAGAAAUUCAGUCGGAUAAAGAGGAUACGAGUACAGGAACGAAUAGCGAUGUUGAAAAGAAGAAUAGGGCUAAUAAAGAUGACACUGGAUCACUCAGUCCAGUGUCUCCCACAGAAAUAUCCAAGGUUCCUAAUCAAGCUCCAAUAUUGCCACCAAAACAACAGACUGAAAAUACGGAAGAGGGUAUUAUUCCGUCCUGGAGACGCUCUGGUUCGUUUAGAAAUAGAAUUCAAGAAGCUGAAUCCACGAAUUCAUUAACAUCGAAAAUUGAGGAUAAGGAUAAUUCACCAACAAAAACACCAAUAAUCCCCAACAAAGUGAACCCCGAGCCUGAAGUCGUUCUCCGCAGGACUCACAGCUUCGAGAAAGACGAAAAGUUCUAUGAGCAGUACCUGGCAUUGCAAGCUCGAAUCAUGGCAUCUUCCUGCCCCACACUCCACCGCUGUCAUCAAGCUACUCCCUACCACACCAACGCUACGACCACUCGUUCUGCGUCCUUGCGCGAAACUCACAGGAAAAAAGAGGUGAAGCUCAACCUGGAGCUGUCCCGAGUCCCCCAGGAGAGCAAUGCCUCGUCUCCCACAUCUGUUUCAAACAAACUAUUGUCGUCACCAACACUGCCAACUGGUACGAGCUCCACCAGUACAACAUCCACUGCCGCAACAACAACAACAACAACAACAACAAGUCCAGUUCCAGCUAAUCAAAUUCGCAGAUCAUUUGUACCACCUGUUCGCGACGAGGAGAGUGAAACCCAGAGGAAAGCCCACGCGAAGCGAGUCCGCGAGACUCGACGAUCGACCCAGGGUGUCACUCUGGAUGAGAUAAAGAGUGCAGAGCAAUUAGUGAAGAAGAAGCAACAGCAGAGUAACGACACAGCCCCAGCGUCUACACCCCAGCCUGCAGCUUCACUUGGUCAAACAGCCUCGAUCACAGCUACGAUAACAACAGCAACUCCUACGACUGUAACUCCAAACAAAUUACCUGAGGAGACUAACUUGCCUGAAAGACGACCCUCGUGGCGGUUGAGGGUAGAUAAUGGGAGCAAGUUUCAGUUGGAAGACGCCAACAAUAAAUCAUCGGAUACAACAACAGCAUACAUAAGAAGGCCUUCAGGUGGAACGGGAAUACCUAGACCCAGUUCAGCACCAGUGGAAACAAUUACCACUGGUACAGCCGACGCAACCGUUACCCUACCACUCAGACGAUCCUUGAAAUCACCUGAGGACAAAGAACAAGACAAGGAGAAUGACAGUAGAAAUGCCCAGGCUACACAGGCGGUCAUUCAGAGGCGAAGGAGACCCAAAAGAAGAUCGACGGGUGUUGUUCACGUGGACAUGGAUGAGAUAGAUCCAGAGAAGCAGGAUGGAUCUAGUGUCGGGGAGAGUGAGGAGGCGAAGAAUAACCAGACUGAGAGUGGAAAUGAACGCUCCGGUCGAUCGAGCCGCCUCGGCUCAGUCACGUCAGUCUCCUCUGAGGUCCCAUCCACCCCAAGUAGAACAAAAUCCACGAGUUCCGAAAAUGGAGAAUUGGAUUACAAGAAACUCUGGGAGGAGUCGCAGGCGGAGAACGAGAGAUUGAAAGACAAGCUGAGGAGAUCGGAUGACCAGCUGAAGGAGACACGGAGUUUGCUGGAGAAGGCCCAAAGUAAUCAGAAUAAAGCUGCCUUGUCGGAGGCUGAGAAGCGGGAGAGACGAGCGAUGGAGAGGAAGCUCUCGGAGAUGGAGGAGGAACUCAAGCAAUUGCAAAAGCUCAAAGCCGAAAAUGAGCGAUUGAAAGCCGAAAAUCGGGCACUUACCCGCGUCGUAUCCAAACUCACCAAUACUACUAAAUAGAUGCUGGAGCAGUUGAAGUGCGAGAACCAGAGGCUAAAGGACGAGAACGGGGCUCUCAUAAGAGUUAUCAGUAAGCUUUCA